UAAACAGCAACAUAAAGAAAUGUAACUGUCAUGUGUAUCACACACCCUAGGAUUAGAUACACAGCUCAGCAGACAGUAUCACACAGGAUAGGAUUAGAUGCACAGCUCAGCAGACAGUAUCGCACAGGAUAGGAUUAGAUACACAGCUCAGAAUACAGUAUCACACAGGACAGGAUUAGAUACACAGCUCAGCAGACAGUAUCACACAAGAGAAGCUGUGAUCCAGGCUCAGCAGGCUGUAUCUCACAUGAGAGGCUUAGAUACGGCUGUGCUGGUCGUUCCCAGUGUUUGGGGCUCUGGAGAUGGUGAGGGAAGCACCUGUGGCCCUCAGUGAUGUAAGGAGAGGAGCAGGAGCCAUAUCUGGGUGUACUAACAUGGCCACUGGAGGUGUAGGGGCGGGGCUAGUGCUGACUGACCAGUGUGCUGGGCGGGGCCAGCCCUGUGACGUCACACCGCAAAGCAUGCUGGGAGAGGAAAACUCCAGGAACCUGAGGGAAAGAGGAAGUUCUGCUGGAAACGUCCUGUAAAGAGGCUCUGAUGUCCGGACAGCGGGAGGGAGAGCCCAGGCAUGAGGAGCAGGUGACUGUACCAGGAAAUUGGAGGGACAUCUGAUAUCUUCAGAUUAUAAUCCAGGUGUUACUUCAGAUACAUACGAAGACCGUGACAUUAUCCCACAUGUAUCCUCAGGCCUUCACAGCAAAAUGUCAUCUGAUUCAUCACAGACUAUAAUGCAGAAGCAAAGUCACCGAAGGAGUGGGGGAGCCCAAAGAGCUCUAAAAGGGAAGACACUGUUUUCCUGUUCUAAAAGUGGCAAAUUUUUUACAAAAAAAUCUAAUCCGGAAAAAUAUCAGAUUAUUCACACAGGGGAGAAGCCAUAUUCAUGUUCAGAAUGUGGUAAAUGUUUUGCUCAGAAAUCAAAUCUUGAGAGACAUCAGAGGAUUCACACAGGGGAGAAACCAUAUUCAUGUUCGGAAUGUGAGAAAUGUUUUAAUCAGGAGCAUCAUCUUGUUGAGCACUUAAAAACUCACACAGGGGAGAAGCCAUUUUCAUGCCAAGAAUGUGGGAAAUGUUUUACCCAGAAAGCAUAUGUUGUUGAACAUCUGAAAUCUCACACAGGGGAGAAACCAUUUUCAUGUCCAGAAUGUGGGAAAUGUUUUGCUCAUAAAACAGCUCUUUUUCAACAUCAGAGAAUUCACACAGAAGAAAAGCCAUAUUCAUGUUCAGAAUGUGGGAAAUGUUUUGCUCAGAAAUCAAUUCUUAUUCAACAUGAAAAACAACACACAGGGGAGAAGCCAUAUUCAUGUGCAGAAUGUGGAAAAUGUUUUGCUGUGAAAUCAGUUCUUCUUCAACAUGAGAAGCAUCACACAGGGGAGAAGCCAUUUGUAUGUUCAGAAUGUGGAAAAUGUUUUACUAGAAAAUUAGGUCUCCUUCUACAUGAAAGAAUUCACACAGGAGAGAAGCCGUAUUCAUGUUCAGAAUGUGGGAAAUGUUUUACUCAGAAAUCAAAUCUUCAGAGUCAUCAGAAAGUUCACACAAAGGAGAAGCCGUAUUCAUGUUCAGAAUGUGGGAAAUGUUUUACUCAGAAAUUACACCUUCAGAGACAUCAGAUAAUUCACACAGGAGAGAAGCCGUAUUCAUGUUCAGAAUGUGGAAAGUCUUUUACUCAAAAAUUACAUCUUCAGAGCCACCAGAGAAUUCACACAGGGGAGAAGCCGUAUUCAUGUUCAGAAUGUGGGAAAUGUUUUACUCAGAAAUCAAGUCUUGAGCGGCAUCAGAUAAUUCACACAGGGUAGAAGCGAUAUUCAUGUUCAGAAUGUAAGGAUGUUUUAAUUAGGAAUAUAAUUUUGAAAUCCAUAAGAAAAUUCACACAGGGGAGAAACCAUAUUUAUGUUCAGAAUGUGGAAAAUAUUUUGCUAAAAAAAAAAUAAUAAUAAUCAGGUCUUCAUCAACAUCAAAGACUUCACACACGGGUGAAGCAAUUUUAACUUCUUCCCCAUAUCUGCCAUACA